AUCUGCGAGCAGCUAUCAUCACUGAUCUCCAACCUGCCCACCGCUCACACAGGACAUCACGCGUACAAUCUACAGCCAUGGCAGACCCGAGAGUACGGCAAAUUAAGAUUAAAACCGGCGUCCUGAAGAGGCUGGUGAAAGAGGAGAUUGCGUACAAAAAAGAGGCGAAGCAGCAGGAGGAGAAGGUUGAGCGCAUGAAAGCAGAGGGAGGAGACGAUUAUGUCAUCAAGAAACAGACGGAGGUCUUGCAGGAGUCCAAAAUGAUGAUCCCAGACUGCCGCCGUCGUCUGACCAUGGCACACGCAGAACUGCUCCAGUUUUUAGAAGCAGAAGAGGAUUUGGCCGAAUCAGAGGAGUACAAAGAGGCUAGGAACGUAUUGGACUCAGUGAAGCUUGAAGGAUGAUUUCUGCUCUGUUUCUGUUCUCACUGUGAGAUUCACUUGCUUUAAAUGUCCAUUCCUUUCGUCAGGCCCUGUUUGGAAAGCGUGGAGGCAAGCUGAAUCCAUUCAGAGUCUCUGUUCUUGAUGUAAUUAUUUCGACUGUUUACUGUUAACGUGCCACCGCAUUUGAUCACACUCCUCCUGUGAGUACAAUCCCACAAGAACACGAUAAAACAUUCAGUUCAUUACA